AUAGGUCAAAGCCUAAAGAAAGGAUCUUAAAAAACGUACACGUAAACCUUUCGGAAUCCCAGAAGGUGAAAUUGGAGGUAUCGUCGGUAUCGUCGGAGGGUUGAGUAGAAACCUCUCAAAACCCUAGAACGUGAUCGGAGGCACCGUCGGAGGGCAAGGCAGUAAGCGAAGAUGAUCAUUCCUGUGCGUUGCUUCACCUGCGGAAAGGUGAUUGGAAACAAAUGGGAUCAUUACCUUGAUCUUCUACAGGCAGACUAUUCAGAAGGCGAUGCACUUGAUGCUCUGGGGUUGGUUCGCUACUGCUGUAGGCGAAUGCUCAUGACUCAUGUUGAUCUUAUUGAGAAGCUUCUUAAUUACAAUACUCUGGAUAAAUCUGAUACCAGUUAGCCGGGGACAAGUUUUCUGCUUUUUCAUGUGCAGCAAUCAGUAUUUACGAUUGUAUGGUGUUUGCGAAAAAAAAAAACUACAGGAAUAUUCAGUGCAGUGGAGGACUCGAGUUAAGCUAUGUCAUAGCGUUCUAGUUUGUUUACUUAUUAGUUCAUACGAACCCAGGUAUUUAAUCAUCCCCGUGUUUAUUAGUGUUUAGGGGUUAUAUAUCAGAGCCAUGUACCAUUUUCAUAGGAUGUAAUUACUUAUUGAUUUCUGUUCAGUUAGUAUUGAUGUUUUUAUGGUGCUUUUUCAUCCAGUUUAGAGAAGAAAAACGGUAGGAAUAUUCAGUGCAGGACUUUAGUUAAGCUA